AUGUGUGCGAAUCAAAAGAAAGACAUUGAAAGAGUGACUAUUACAGAGAGUGGAAACAAACCCGAGGCUGGGAGCUGGAGUUUUAAUACACCCUUAGUGACACAGCGCCUAGAAAAGGGAGAAAGCCUAAACAGCGAUAGUCAUAUAAAGUAUAUAGAGCUUAAAUCACGGUCACUAUCACUAUCAAUCAUUGAAUCAAAGGCUGACUUUAAUAACAAUUUUUUUUUGGGUAUUUUUACUUGUUUUGUCGCCAAAAGAAAAGGAACCUCCCUACCACUUAUUAAGCUUCAGUUAACAGAAAAAAAAAAGUUGAUCAAUGACCAACCAAGAUAUCUUGAUUCUGGUAAUUCUUCAAGGUUAAGAAAUUCAGACAAAGGAUCCCUCGUCUAUUUCUCCAAAAGAAGAAAGUACUUGCUUUUUCAGAAUUUAGACCUAGUCAACCAUCUGCUUUCAAAAGUAUCAAUCUCUGAAAGCACAUAG